AUGUAUGAACAAUUUAGUUUUGCUCGUGCUUUGACAUCUUCUUCUGCUAUUCCAAUGUUGUGGUUGUCACUUGCAUCUUCAACAAAAGUAUUCAACAAAGAUAUAAAAGUUUUUACAUUCGAAAUGGAAUCAAAAGGAACCAAAAGAUUAUGGAAGAAGCAAUUUGCUCAGAUUCUUCAAUUACCACCUGAGGGUCCAUUUGAAGUUUUUUCCUUGGAUCAGAUGCUUCAAAUGUUUAAUGAAGGGGAUAUAAUCCUCCACUUUUGGUUAUUAGCAGUUUUAAUAAGUUCGGUCUUCCUAUUAAGUGAAAUUUCUUCUUUAGGGUCACUAUUCGAUGUUUGA